UUUUAUCGCGUUGGAUGGGUGAUGGGGGGAGGAGUUACUUGACGGCUGAUAUUUCGGUUACUUGACGGAUCUGGUAAUGGUUUUAUGAUCUCAUUGGACGGAGCCCGAAUCCGAUUCGGCGACGCACCCUGGUUUGUAAGACCUUGGGAGAACCGUUCGAGGGCAAAGGACAGGUGAUCGCUCGACGCUGAUGAGCGCUGCUUGUUGGUGAUCGGAUCUCAUCGUCUUCGUCCUCUUCGAUCCUUGAAUCGCUCGAACAUGGAUUCUUGUCCGUCCAUUAAGAAUGUUCUUCUACUUGAUUCCGAUGGGAAACGAGUAGCAGUUAAGUACUAUACAGAUGAUUGGCCUACACAUGCUGCUAAAUUGGCAUUUGAGAAAUCUGUGUUUACCAAGACACUUAAAACGAAUGCAAGAACGGAAGCUGAGAUAGCAAUGCUUGACGGUUACAUUGUCGUCUACAAAUUCAUUCAAGACUUGCAUUUUUUUGUUACUGGGGGAGAUGAUGAGAAUGAGCUCAUAAUAGCAACGGUUCUUCAGGGAUUCUUUGAUGCAGUUGGCAUUCUUCUUAGGAACAAUGUAGAUAAGAGGUCAGCACUUGAAAACUUGGAUUUGAUCCUUCUUUGCCUCGAUGAAAUUGUUGAUGGAGGGAUCAUACUCGAAACCGAAGCAAGCAUUAUCGCUUCUAAAGUUGCAGUGAAUAGUCUUGACGGUGCCACAUCCCUAUCUGAGCAGACCAUUUCUCAAGCUCUGGCAACCGCUCGUGAGCACUUGGCGAGAUCUCUUCUGAAAUAAUUCCUUAAAAAAAAGACUGUUUUGAAAAGUUUUAGUUUAUUUCUGGAUGAUGUUUUUGUUCUGUGGGAAACAAGAUCAGCACUGGAGCUUGGAACAAUGUUGAACGCUGGUUUUAAUUUGCUCUAAAGAAUGAUAAGAACACUUUUUUGUUGGUUAUUA